CCCUGACCUAGUCCUCAGGUUUUGUCACAGCCAAUUUAUUUCGCGCAAGGAUAUACAAACAGUCGUCGUCAUGGUUUCGCGACGACACAGGUCUCUCGUUUUCUUUUCGGUGUUUCUUGCUGUUUGGGCAUGGAACGUGUCUGCAGAGCUGGGCAGGAGCGAGAAGGAUGUCGGGGGGUUGAGCUUGUCGGAGAUCGAAGAGAAGUUGCAGGAGUGCCCUCUUGUGCAAGCCCUCAACGAACAUAAAGUCGCCAACAACCCCACAACCUCAAGUAUUGCUUCCCAAAUAUUCUCCUUCCUCUUCCCCGGCUCCCCGGCUGUCAACGCCAUCCUUGCAACCCUCUACAUCUCCGGCCCGCCCAACUUCCUGCUGGCGCUAUGUCCGCCGAACAUCGACCCUUCUUCGCUCUCCGUCAUGGUAGCCUUCGCGGUCGGGGGACUGCUAGGAGACACUCUAUUCCAUCUGCUGCCUGAGAUCUUCUUAGGAGAGGAUGAGCAUGACCAAGUCAAGUUCGUUAUGGUGGAGCCGAAUAAGAAUCUUUUGCUUGGUGUGGCUAUUAUGGUUGGCUUUAUCACGUUCGUGGCCAUGGAUAAGGGCUUGCGCAUUGCAACAGGGGGCGAAGGCGGACACGACCAUUCCCACGGCCAUGCUCAUUCCCAUGCCCAUGAGAAACCCGACGUCUCUGCGAAAACCUCUGGCGCUGAGCUGGACGGAACCUCAUCUACCCUCCGCGCCCGCCCCUCUCCUUCCACCUCCGGCCUAACCCCACCACUUACCCCCCACUCCUCCUCCCCACCCUCUAUUUCUAAGCCCCCAUCCCCCUCUGUCAAGCUCUCCGGCUACCUCAACCUCAUCGCCGACUUCACCCACAACAUCACCGACGGUCUCGCCCUCUCCUCCUCCUUCUACGCCUCCCCCACCCUGGGCGCCACCACCACCGUCGCCGUGUUCUUCCAUGAAAUCCCGCACGAGGUGGGCGACUUUGCUCUGCUCAUCCAAUCCGGGUUUUCCAAACGUGCGGCCAUGGGUGCGCAAUUCGUGACUGCUGUUGGAGCGAUGUUGGGGACUGGGAUUGGGAUUGCGGUGCAGGAGUUUGGUGGGAAUUCAAAUUCGGGAUCAGUGGCCGGGGGUCGAGGACAAGGGUUGUGGGGUACGAGUUUGCAGUGGGGCGAUAUGUUGUUGCCAUUUACGGCGGGGACGUUUUUGUAUGUGGGGACUGUGGCUGUAAUUCCGGAGUUGCUGGAGACGGGGCCAGAUAAGGGGGUGGAGUUGAGGAAGACGGGGAUGCAAUUUUUGGCGAUGGGGGCAGGCGCGGCCAUUAUGCUUGCGAUUUCUUGGUCGUAGGUUUUUGGAAGGGCAUUUGGUUCUUCUAUCGGUCAACAGAGUAUCGAUUCAACCGCCGCAUUAGACAUAGACGGAUGGAAAGACGCGCGAGCGUGGAUUCUGGAUAAUAGUUUUCUGGCCGCAAGACACCUAGGCAGCAAUUGGUGAGAGCUUGGGAGCCAAGCGGGAAUAUUCAGCGGAAAAGUAGGGACAUGUAC